CUAACUUGCAAGAGAACGGAUUCAAGGAUGUUUGCAGAACUGUAUGUUUUAAAGCCGUAUGAGAAGCUGGUCACCUCAGCUGGCGAUGGCAGACAGGGAGAGCGAGAGGCCAGAUGGGGACCAGGAGGAACAGAACGAGCUCCUCAGCUCUGAGCUGGACGAAGAGCCCAGCAGCUCGAGCUCGGGCCCCGCGCGGCUUCCCAGAGACCACUGCGACUUCCUGCUGGACGCCAUCGACGCCCAGCUCAGCCAGAUGCAGAGUGCCAGCUUCAGGAAGCAGGGCCAUGCUGGGAACUCACCUUGUAAAAGCACUGAAGAAACAUCCAGAGCAGCGACUUUCAGCCGAAGUCAGUCUCUGAGCAAGGAUGCAGGACUGGGCAGUACCAUUCAACCUGGCGACGCCCCCCUUUCAGAUCCACACAUGGUAUGCCCCAUGUUUCAAGACCCCUCCUCAGAGCCCAAAGGGAGGCGCCCAGACUCUGCCGAGGAGGAGAGAGAGGAGAGAGAAACUCGGAGAACGCAGGGAGGGGACUCCAGGAAGGAACAGUACAGGUGGAGGCUCGAGCAGCUCCUAGGAAGCCAAGGAGCAGGAGAGCAAGGGUACGAGAGCGACGUGAAUAUGGCGGAGAGUGUCUGCACGGAAGACUUUGCUGCGAAAUUCCGGGAAGGCAUGGUGGAUCCCCAGGUCGACCCAAACGGAGAGCUGGGAAGCGAUACUUCAGAGUGUCUCCCUGAGGAGCCCUUUGCUCCGAGGCGUCUUCGAGAGGGCCCCACCGAGCACCUGCGGAGCGGCACAGAGGCUGAUGAUGAACAGAUGGUGCUGGGGACACCGAGGGGGCGGGAUAACGCCCAGCAGAUCACGCAAGACUCUGAACGCGGCCUCACCUCGGAGGGGCUCGUCAAGGAGAGGUGUGGUUUGGGCCGGAGUCGCCGAGACAGUGAGGAAUCUCUCGGAGGUCGGAUCUCCAGGACGAGUCAGAGUAAUACUUCGGGCAAGGUCAGGAACUUAAGGAUUUCCACCCCUGAGCCAGUAUCCAUGAGCGAAAAUAGGAUGUCCGUCAUUGCUUUACAGAAUGGACAUGUCCAAUCUCUUCCUUGUCUGCCAGCAGCACUUGAUAAGGAGACAGGUCGGGAAAAGACUGGAUUCUCUCCAACACGGAUUUCGGAGGAUCUAUCACUGAGGAUGCCGUCAGUGAGCAGCCUUGAAAACCACCUCCCUGCCCAGCCCGUUCCUGCUGAUGGAAUACCAUCCUCUCUUGCUUUAGAUUCUCAUUUAUCUGUUGGUAAAGAUGAUGAACGACAAGCUCCAGGUCUGUCAGCCCUGGGCUCAAAUCGUUCCCCAGGAGGGAGACUCAUUGCCAUCGAUCCAGGGGUGUCCACACCUCCUUUUGGAGAACUCGGGGAGACGGUAAAGGGGUCCCUGGUGCAAGACCAAAGACACAUGGCGCCUUAUCAGGGUUGUGGAGCUCAGAAAGCUCACCAGCGGUCAAUCAGGAGAUCAGACAGCUGGCCCCCCACAUCGGGAUCCUCCCCUGGGACUGAAGUUAAUGAAGCUUCGGAUACUGGCAGAUCUAUCUUACUUCCUAACGCGAGCGAGCACCCCGACACAGCUGCCGACUCGCAGCGCUGGGGUCAGAGAGCGCCAGUGGCCUCCCUCCUUCCUCCAGCAAUGUCUGUGUCUUAUGAGACGGGUCACAUGGGAACUGGGAGUGCAAUAAGCCAAAACGAAGCUGCUGAAGAACAGUAUGGUUUGAGUCAAACCCCUAACAGCGGUGUGGACAGCACUGUGUCUCCUAGCGUUGCUGGAUUUCACAACACUUCUCGGAAAACUCUGGGAUCUCAAUGCAGCCUGCACACUGUUGGGACUGAAGAAUACGUGGGCACGUUUCCGACCCUGCCUGUCAAACAUGUGGCCGGUGUUCCUGUGAAGAAUUUUGAUGAAGUGACCAUUGACAGCGACCUGGAUUCAGUGAAUACAGCUCGAGUGCGCAAACACGUUCAAAGUGCGCUCCACAACAGCAAAGGUACUCGACCGUCAAAGUCACUGGUCGUAGAGGACCUGUACACAGACCAGAGUGACCUAGAUGCCGCCAAGCCGGAGGCCAUCCAGCGCACUUUCCACAGCCUCUUCCGCAAAAAGAAGACCCUGAGUCAAGGCGGGCGGAGAGCGAGCACGAACCGUUCUAGUGCACGUCACCCUGGCAGAAGAUCACAUCAUGGCAGGAAGGAAGCUUCCAGCGCUGCAGUUGCUCAGACGUCUUGGGUUGUCAGGUAUGCCAGCUCUGAUAAGACGCCGUCAGAGGAGGAGGAAGAGGGGUGCACAGGGGUCCAUGCAGCGCUGGAAUGGAGCCCCAGCAGGGCUCUGAGGUGGGAUGAAAGCCCCCAGAGAAGAGAGACGAGGGCUAAAGGGCUCGACCUUUCCCACGAGUCCCGUCUCUGGCUGGACGAGAUGAGCUCAGACAGGCUGGUGUUGGAGGAGUCUCUGUCCAGGCUGCGCAAGGACCUUGUGAAGGAAGAGGAGCGUCUGUUGCAGAAGAGAGCCCAGCAGCUGGAGGCUGAUCAGUCGCUCUCCGCCCUGUUGCACCAGAAGAAGCAAGCUCUGCGGGAGCUGGAGUCUGUGCGGGGGGCUGUUGAGCGCGGCGAGAGAGAGGCGAGCGUCCUGGAGGCAAGGCUGAGGGACAGCAGGAGCCAGGUGGAUGAAACCAGGUCACAGCUGCUGAUGCUGGAGUACCAACGGGAGUCCUGCCUGAAGGAAGGGAGGGCUCUGGAGGAGCAGCUGAGCACGCUCAGAGGGCAGUGUUCCCCUCCGCAGAGCCGCCAGGCGGGGGCGCUGCAGGACCGGGUGGCGGCCCUCAGCGCAGAGCGGGACGAGCUGAGGGCGCGGCUGAGGCACAGCGAGGGCAGCCUGACCCUGCUGGAGCGCCAGGAGCUGGAGCGACAGCUGGGCAGCGCCAAGAGCGAGCUGUUCGCCGAGCAGCGCCGGGCCCGGGAGAGGGCGGACGCGCUGCAGGAGAAGCUGGAGGAGUGCCAGACGGAGCUGGAGCAGCGAGCGGAUGAAGCCCUGGCCCUGCAGAGCAGGUGCUCCAGGCUGGAGGAGCAGCUCCGGGAGAAGGAGGUGCAGCAGCAGACAGGAAGAGUCUCUCCCCUGUGCGCAGGCCCUGGCCCGGGAGCGGGGGGAGCGGGCGGCGGCGCUGGAGCGGAUCCUGGCGGAGAAGGAGCUGGAGAUGCUCCGGCUGCGGGAGGGUUAUGUGACCAGGACCACGACUUACAGCAGCUGAAGGAGGAGCUCAAUGCGGCGCACUCUCUGGAGAUGCAGCAGGUUUUGCAGCAGGCAGAGGAGGACAGGCUGGCAGCCCUGAACACACAGGCUCUGUGCUUCACCCAGGACACAGAGCAGCUGCAGCACAGGCUUCAGCUGAAACAAGAUGAGGUCAUGAAGCUGAAGGACGCUCUUCAGCUGCAAGAGGAGUCCAUGAAGCAGCUAUCGGAGGAACUGAAGGAGGAGGCCAAAGUGAUGGUGGUGGGAGCCGUGGCCCAGCAGCGGGAGGAGUGGGAGGCGCAGAAGGCGGAGGAGCUGCAGAGGCAGCGUGGGAUGCUGGAGGACGAGGCCCGGAGGGCUGUGGAGAGCGCGACGGAGGAGCGGGAGAGAGAGAGGAGGAACGCACUGUCCCUGCAGAACAAAGUGGUGGAGCUGCAGACUGGGCUGCAGGAGCUGGAGUGUGAGAAGAAGGUUCAGCAGCGGGAGCAGCAGGCUGCCCUCAGCGCAGUCCGCAGCGCCCUGAGGCAGGAGCAGCAGGAGGAGAUCCUGCGCCUCCGGCAGGACAUGGAGCAGGAGCGGCAGAGGGAGCUGGAGCGGGCCCGGGCGGCGCUGGAGCAGGCCCAGAGGGAGAGCCAGCAGCUGCGGGCUGCCCUCGGGGCGGCGGCGCAGAGGGAGGAGGACGCCCUGGCGCAGGCUGAGCGCCAGCGCAGGAGCUGGGCCCUGGACCUGGGCGCGGAGUGCCAGCGCCUGCAGGAGCUCCUGAGCCGCAGGGGGCCGUCCAGGGGCCCCGCAGACCGGCUGCACAGCUCCUGCCCCCAGUCGGUUCCCCAGGCGGUUCAGGCUCUCAGCAGGGUCAGCGAGCAGCUCCACAGCCACAUCGGCCGACUGCACCAAGACCUGGAAACCCAGCGGCACGCCGUCCAGCACGUCACCAGAGAAAAGGAGCGGGAGCUGAGACAGCAGAGGGAGGAGCUGGGCCUGGAGAAGGAGCGGGCACUGGACUCCCUGAGGGAGCGGCUGAUCCAGGAACACAUCGAGGAGGUCAGCCAGCUGCAGAGGGUUCAGUUGAAGGAGAGCGCGGCCGCGGACAGCCAGGCCCUGCGGCAGCAGCUGCGCGAGAAGAACAACGAGCUGCGGGCCAUCCAGAGGAGCAUGGGCCAGUGGAAGGAGCAGACCGCCGCCAAGCUGGCCCGCAAGUUCGAGGAGGAGCUCUCCUCCGAGCUGGAGAGAAGGGGUUCAAGGAACAGAUAUGACCAGCACAAGAAAUUACUGCAGCUGGAGUCCGAAAUGAAAAGGCUGUCAACGGAAUGUGCCGAUGCUGGGCACCUGCGGUCCGCCUCCUCCCCCUCCCUCUGCGCCAGCGCGUCCGCCGCGCCCGCCCAGCCGGACCUGGGCAGCCUCAAGCUGCUGCGCCACCUCCAGAGCCGGGUGAAGCAGCUGAGGGCGGAGAACAGCCUGCUGCCCGGCCGCGGGCUGGCAGGGUCGGACCCGGGGCCGAUACAAAACACCCCAGACAGACCACAGCACAGGUUUAACUCUUGAGCUGGUAGAGGACCUCAGACUUGGAAGCUUCACUAAGGAGCAUCAGUUC